UUUUCCGUACGGCAUGAUUAAUGGCUAAUUACCUGACAAUUAGUGGUUAAAGUCUUAAUUGGUACGAGAUUUGGUAUAUAUUGUUUCACUCUUUGAAUCACCGCCUCAAACAUAACGAAACCAAGCCGCUUUGGUGGAUGAAGCGACGUAAAGAGCUGCUUGGUUUCACAUGUUGUUGGCGGCUGUGGACAAGCUGUGGGGACGGAGCGAGCUUGGCUGUGGCUGUGGCCGUGGCCGGCUGCGCACGGGCACACCUCGGUUACGGGGCGCUGCGAGCUCUGCUCGCUCCUCCUCGCUACGGCUGUUCUGGCCCUGGAGCAGAGAAUCUUGGCGUGAUCCGUAAAUGCAAAUGGAGCUGCUGAAGGAAAUAUUUACUUGUUUCUGUGUCACGCUAAAAGAUGUGGUAUGUUUUUGUGGGUAAAUGAAAACGUUGAUCUGUGGGGAGAUGACCGCGGCUCUGUUGUAGCGCAGCUGGUUUCGUGUUCUAACACUUGGCUGCCAGCAUUCAUGGGAGACGAGGCUGAGGCAGCUCAUUGUGGAAAUGGGAAAAGGGGUAGGGAUCUUUAUGUUUGCAGUUCCCUAGAUUCACCCUCUAGCUGGCAUGUCAGUAAGUCUGAUAAACGGACUAGUAUUAAAUUGGAAGACUUGUAAGCAUUUACUGAAUUCUAGCGUAGCUCAAGCAUGAGGUAAUUGAACUUGCCUGUUGUGCAGUGUUCCUUAAGGCAGAAGAGUCACAAAACUAGACAGGAGGAGGGUGGCAAAUUUUUAAAGAGAGAUUGCAAGACUGAGAAAAUGGGGACUGACAUAUAAAGCAGGUUACAAGGAAAAUAAAAUAUGCAUAAUUUCAGUGUAUUCUGGGAGAAUUAAUGGGGGGGGGUGAGUCUUAGAUUACAAAAUGGUGAGAAUCUGCUGGCCUUUAUGUAAAUUGAUAUAGUGAGUAUGAAUUAUUACAAACCUUUCAAGUUUUCUCACCUCAGGCUUUUAGUUUCUUGAAGCAAUUAAAGGGCAAGGGAAAGGUUUUCCCAUAAGUAUUAAAAGGUAGGAGGUUUAAAAGGUAUGGAGUCAUAGUGAAAAUAGACUUACUAAUUUGGGCUUCUGUGAACAUAAAAUGUUCAAAAGAGAAGUUUAGAAAAGGAAGGUGUAAAAAUUUUUAGGAUAGAUAAAAGCAGAGGUGCUUUUAUAUAAGAGAUCAUUCUGCAAACCUGCAGCAGUAUCAAACAGUUGAAAUUCAGGAAAUGCUGCAAUACUUUUGACAAGUAAUGAAAAAAACAGAAGUUUUGACUGAUAGUACACAGCUGAAGCUCACUGGCACCUCACUUAUUCUCAGUGGUGUUGGUCACCCACUCCUAGUAGUGGUAUAAUGGAACUUGGAAAGUGUGUUCAAAAGGGCAACACAAAUGGCAGAAGAAUAAAACAGUUUCUCUAUGAGAAAUAAUGAACUAGAAUAAAAUUCUGUGGCCUGGACAGAAACCUAGUAACUUCUAAAGGAUCUCAAAUGUUAGGAAUUAUUGAAUAGGUAAAUUGAUUGCUACUGUGCCAUAACACAUAAAGUACCAACUAAAAAAUGAAAUUAGGUAGUACAUUUUAAAUGAUCACAAGAAAGCACUGUGUUUUAUGCAUAAGAUAUUUUACACCGAGAUUUUUAUAUCAGAAAGGGUUAUAUAUAUCCCAAAGAAGGUUAUCCUGUUUUCCAGGGCAUGUAUGAGGUAGGGCUGCAAAUAGGUUUGAAGUUGCCCGGCCAUGUCACAUAAAGGAUUGCAGUGUUUGUUGUGCUUUUAUACUUUCCCUUUUGUCUCUUUGUCACUACAUGUAAAGGUUUUAGCUAAUUUUGGCCACAGCCAUGCCAGUACAUAUUAUAGAUAUGGGCAGCCCAGUGUACUUCCCAGUCAAACAUGCCUGUAUAAAAUUUACUUGUAUGAAAAAAAUGCUCAACUGGGGUUCUGGAAGGUCAGAUUUAUGUUUAGGAAGACUGUUGUAUUUAGGGGUCACCUACAUAUUUUUGCAAAAGAAUGUGAAUAAAGAGAAAGUACAGACUGUCUUUAAUUUGUGAAGAGUUUAGUGAGUUGAAUGUUUACAUACUAUCCAGUGAAGUUAGUGCUUUGUGUUCUUCAGAUGUUGUAUUUCAAAGGUACAAUCCUAAACCUUUUUGGAAAUAAGAAUUUAUUUAAAUUUUGCAUUCUUAAAAUCAACAGUAGUAGACUGUUUAAAACUAUAUUUUUUACUUUGAAUAAUAGAGAAUAAUUGAAUUGCCGGCUCUUUGAGAGUAUGCAUUUUAGAGAAAGCUUUGUGAAACUUAGUCUGCUCUGGUGCUGAAUGAGGACUUUGAGAUUUCACUAUUUCAAUGGAAUAACCAUGAUUUUUGAGGAAUGAUAAAUUAGAAUAAUGAGCAUAAUAAAAUUCAGAAAAACUAUACACUUUGUAUAACUAUAACAGUGUGUAUCUAAGCAAGCAUAAAAGUUAAUGUGUUGGAAGGAUAAUUUACAUAAAGUUUAAAAAGAAUGGUCUGUGUUUUGUGUGUACAGUGGCACUCGCAAUUCUUAGGUUUUGGAUUGGAUUUUUUGUUGUUUUUUUGGCUUUUUCUUUUAAGAUCUUAUUGAUGGUUAAGAAGAAGUUAUGGUGUAUUUAAAUAAGCAUAGUUCUUUGGCUGCUAUUUCAUCUACUAAAGCCAGAGCUGAGCAUUUCUGGAGGCACUGUCUGGUCUUUAACCUCUACUUUACUUUCUUGGCUGCUGUUUCACUUUUGUUUUAUUCCCUUGCCUCAUCUUCUCCCCUUAUUUUCUACUGUUAUGUUUAAAGGAAGAUAUCAAAUGUCAGUAAUGGCCUGAAUGAGUUUCGGGAACUUUGUAAUAUUGCUCAGGGCAAUAGUAAGAUAAUCAGUACCUAGCUGGGAAAGAAGGCAUUGGACAUGAAAUAUUGUCUCUAUGUUUAAAAUUUAUUCAGUGUGUGAUGUUUGGAAUGUUACUUCAGUGAACAUAUUCUAGGAUGAGGGAUUCAUCUAUUUAUGGGCAAUUAUUGUGGUGGGAGUGCCGUGGAGUAGAGAGGUACCGAGCUUGAGUCAUGACCUCAAUUUAAGAACAUCCUCCAGUCUUGAAAAUUUGAUUGAGAAAGAAGUGAUAGCGGUCCACAAAUCAUGACAGACGUAAGUCCAAACUACCUUGUCCCAUGGAAGAACCAGGGAUUUUCUACUAGAUUUACCCAAGUAAAUCUAGUAGAAACCGUAUUUCAAAUAAAGGCAGAUGAUUCUUCAAGCAUCAGCUUUGGAUAUAGGAAAACUCUAGAAGGUUUCUGUGGGUACUAAGAACUUGAAGACUGCAUGUCCAUUUCAUUACGUCCUUGAAAUGAACAUAGUUGGGAGAAUAUUAGGCAAGAACAUAAUGUUUAUUUGUCCUCUUAUUCAUCUCUGAGCAUCUGCAUUUGGCCCCUGUUGAAUGCAGAAUACCAGGCUAGACUGGCCAUUGGUCUGAUCAUGAAUAACUGUCCUGAUUUUCUUACACAUCUUUCUCGGCAAGUUAGUGGAUUUCAGAGGGAGUCUGAUAUUCUUUUACAAAGUUCACUCUUACAUCACUUUGAUACAUCUCCUAGUUGUCCUCAUCUGCAAAGUGGAGGACUUCUUAUCAGUAUUAGCUCUAAGCCACCUCAUUUUCUAGCUCAUGUUGCUUUUGAUUAGUUUUUUAUUAUUCCUGACAGUUUCAUUUUUUUAUGCAGCUUACCUGAAAUGAUAGUUUACAUGAGUUUGCAACUUCGAGAAUCAGGGAAAUUGUGUUGCCUGAAAACCAAAGAAUGACUUUAACUUAAUGGAGUGAAGGUUUCACAGAAAGUGUUAGGUAUGGGCAGUGGUACAUUGUUUCUGCACAAGCUAGAACAAGUCCCUACCAUUUCAUUCACAACCAUUUCCCUGUUUGUCAGUGCUCGGAAAUGCCAAGUAUGACAAAAAUGUUGGAGGGCAACUUCUUUUGCAGUGAAUGGUGUUCAGUUAUAAAGCAGCAGAAUCUGACAUGGAGUUGGGAAGACAACAGUCACUGAUUUCAUAACUGAGAUGUUUGAAAUUUAACAUGACCUGAAACUUCAGCACCUGUAAAGUGAUUAAUCUUAAUUAGCAUAAAACUUAUUGACUGGAAAAGAUAAGUGAGGUUCAGAAUGAUCAGCAAAUCGAUGUGUAAAUGUUUGGGUUUGAUUGGGGUUUUUUUUGUAUUAACCCAUAUCACCUGUUCUAAGGUGACCACAUGACUGUGUGUCAUAAACGGAGAUACAGCAGACUGGCUUGCAAACCUUGUGAUGAAUUUUGUGUUCUAUACAAGAUGCUGUGCAUGGUGAUUCUGUGUAGAAGAUUAUUUUAUUCAACAGUUGUAUUCUUUAAUUUAUAUUAGUGUAUUCUGGAUAGUAGAUAACAGAGUGGGUUGGUGUCUCUUAAAGGAAAUGCCAUUCUAAGUCACAACAUCUUUCUGGCAGCAGAAGUGAGAUCACUAACAUUGGAUAGGGGUGGAAUUUUCAGAACAGUAUUGUAUAAUAAAUGAGAAAGCAACUUGCAGAAACUUGUACAAGAUGUAUUUACAGUCAGUUAAAUCUGUUUAUUGCUGUUGAUUAUUUCAAUUUCUGGUUUUCAGAUGUUGUCAAAUUAUUUUUUAUAAUAGCAACAGGGCUCUGUUUUACGUUUCAUGUAUCUGAAUUCUAAUCUUAAUACAACAUUUCAAAGGUGGUGAUACAUGUGAGUACCUUCUGUCCAGUGGGAGAUUUCUUGGAGAGAAAGUAUGGCAACCUCACAGUUGUAUGAUGCAUAAGUAUAAAAAUAGUGAAGCAAAAAAUUGCCUCAUAGACAAGCAUGUUGUGUUUAUAGGAGAUUCUAGAAUUCGACAGCUGUUCUAUUCAUUCAUAAAACUGAUAAAUCCUCAAGUCAAAGAAGAGGGAAUUAAGCAUGGAAAUAUCCCAUUUGAAGAUAAAUCUGCUUCAAUUAAAGUGGAUUUUCUGUGGUAUCCAGAAGUUAAUGGCUCUAUGAGGCAACGUAUCAAAUCUUGGACUGAGGGUUCUGUGGCAAAACCUCAUAUAAUUGUAGUAGGAGCUGCCACGUGGUCUAUCAAGAUUCACAAUGGCAGCAACGAAGCCCUUGCACAAUAUAAAAUCAAUAUCACUUCAAUUGCACCUCUUUUGGAAAAAUUAGCAAUAAGUAGUGAUGUUUACUGGGUCUUACAAGAUCCUGUUUAUGAAGAUAUGCUGAGUGAAAGUCGGAAAAUGAUCACUAAUGAGAAAAUAGAUGCUUAUAAUGAAGCAGCUGUUCGUAUUCUGAACAGCAGCUCCCGAAAUUCCAAAGCUAAAGUUAAAGUGUUCAGUGUAUCAAAAUUGAUAGCACAAGAAACUAUCAUGAAGUCUGUGGAUGGCCUGCAUCUCCCUGAAUCAAGCAGAGAUACAAAUGCAAUGAUUCUUAUGAAUGUCUACUGCAAUAAAAUAAUGAAGCCCAUUGAUGGCUCCUGCUGCCAGCCUCAGCCUCCACUCACUCUGAUACAGAAGAUAGCUUUCUGUUUUUUUACUUUGUCCAUUAUUGGAUAUUUAAUUAUCAGCUUAAUUCAUCGGAAUAAUUAUCGGAAGAACAAAUCAUGCACUGAUUUGGAAAGUGGAGAGGAGAAGAAACCUGCCAUCAGCACACCUAACGUUUCUACUUUAGAGAUGCUCUUACACUGCUUUUGCAAACUUGGUCUAAUCAUGACCUAUUUUUAUCUGUGUGACAGAGCAAAUCUUUUCAUGAAGGAAAAUAAAUUUUACACCCAUUCAUCUUUCUUCAUACCAAUCGUCUAUAUCUUGGUUUUGGGGGUAUUUUAUACUGAAAAUACCAAAGAGACUAAAGUGUUAAAUAGAGAACAGACUGAUGAAUGGAAGGGCUGGAUGCAACUUGUUAUUUUGAUUUAUCAUAUCUCUGGAGCAAGCACUUUUUUGCCUGUGUACAUGCACAUUCGAGUUCUGGUUGCUGCGUAUCUGUUUCAAACAGGUUAUGGGCACUUCUCAUAUUUUUGGAUAAAAGGGGACUUUGGUGUAUACAGAGUGUGUCAGGUUUUAUUUCGUCUCAAUUUCUUGGUUGUAGUACUGUGCAUAGUGAUGGAUCGACCUUACCAGUUCUACUAUUUUGUGCCAUUAGUCACUGUCUGGUUUAUGAUUAUUUAUGCCACCUUAGCUGUAUGGCCUCAGAUUGUCCAGAAGAAAGCAAAUGGGAACUGCCUAUGGCACUUUGGUUUACUGCUGAAACUGAUUUGCUUACUGACAUGUAUAUAUUUUCUGUCAUAUUCUCAGGGUGCCUUUGAGAAGAUAUUUUCAUUUUGGCCAUUGUCCAAGUGUUUUGAAUUGAAUGGGAAUGUCUAUGAAUGGUGGUUUAGGUGGAAGCUGGAUCGCUAUGUGGUUUUUCAUGGGAUGCUGUUUGCUUUUAUUUAUCUGGCAUUGCAGAAACAUCAGAUGAUAUCAGAGGGAAAAGGAGAUCCUCUUUUCUCCAACAGAGUUUCAAAUGUUUUAUUAUUUAUUUCAAUUGUGUCCUUUUUGACCUACUCUAUUUGGGCUAGUAGCUGUAAAAACAAGACAGAGUGCAAUGAGCUACAUCCCUCUGUUUCUGUGGUGCAGAUUUUAGCUUUCAUCCUCAUCAGGAACAUUCCCGGAUAUGUCCGAUCUGUGUAUAGCUCAUUCUUUGCCUGGUUCGGCAAAAUUUCUUUAGAGCUUUUCAUUUGCCAAUACCAUAUUUGGCUGGCAGCAGACACAAAGGGGAUCUUGGUGCUCAUUCCUGGAUAUCCGAUGUUUAAUGUUCUUGUCAGCACUUUCAUAUUUGUGUGCGUGGCACAUGAGAUUUCUCAGAUCACUAAUGAUCUAGCACAGAUUGUGGUUCCUAAAGAUAACUCAACUCUGCUGAAGAGGUUGCUAUGCAUAGCUGGAUUUUUUUCUGGACUACACUUCUUCUCUGCAAUGCAAGACCAGUCAAGGCAUUAACUUAGAAACUUUCUUCAGGUUUACUUUGUGUCUGCCUGAACAAAAAUUCUCAACUGGAGGUACAACAUGACAUAUAAAUUAAGCGUGUGGAAAAUGUAUAUAGUGGAAAUGUACAUAUUUUGUGUGGAAAUAUCCUUCUCAAAUAAUCUGAGAAACAAGAGUGCACUGUACAGAAUUGCAUGUGAAAAUGAGUCUUUUCUACUGGAUGUUUGUUUCUGUUUACAUAUCUGUUGAAAUGAGACACGAAGUAGUGCAGUGGUCGAGCAGUACCACAGGCACAUGACAGGAUUCAGCCGGCGCUGGGCGAGCCCACGGCCAGGGGCUGCUCCGGAGCACGCCCAGCACAGCCGGGAGCCUCGGGAGCCUCCGGGAGCCUCGGGAGCCUCCGGAACCACCGCCCGCAGCUGAGGCAGCGACACCAGGGCGCGGCUCUGAACAAAGCGGUAACUUGCUGGUUAGAAAUUAGUGUUUGGGGUGGAAAUAGUAAUACAUGUCACGUGAAACCCUUUAUGUGUGGAAGUUAAAACUGAUCAUCAAUUCAGUGAUUGAAGAUUAUAUACAAGUUUACAUAAUAUUUUAUGAGGGUUUUUUAGAAAUUUAAGAUGUGUUCAGCAAAUAGGGUGAAUUCUGAGACAAAAUUUUUUUAUAAAGAGAAUUUGGGCUUUCUUCCUAAAAUUAUUUGCUUUUUCAUAAAUUUUUCACUAAUUCAUUGAACUGUGUGUAGUUCUAUGUACAAUCCCAGUGAACAAACAAGUUGAUAAUUUUCAGAGACUCAGUUCAAGAUGGGAGGUUUUUGGAAGACCCUCCAAUCUUUUUCAGUCAGAUGGAGUCACAUCACAUCCACUCCAUGAGAUCUUAGGGGAAUGGUGAUCUUUGACCUUCUCCCUGUGUUUGUAGGUGACUUUGAAUAAGGUCUCAUUAGGGAACUGGUGCCAUUUUCUAUGCUGUAAUAGCAUUUUCAUUUAAGAGAAUGCAAGUCAGUCUGCUGGUAUCAUGAGGAGGAGGAAUUGAGUGGUCAACUUUCUUGCAUGCAAGUGGUUGAGUCUCAGAAUUACGAGUGAAAUGAGAUUGGAGCUGUUUGAAAAAAACAUUUUUUUCCAUCCUUUUUAGCAGUGCCCAAUCUUUCUUAUUAAUUUUUUCCUUUAGCAAAAACUUUAAUUGAAAUAAAUAGUCCUUCAGUGUGGCAGUGACAAGCUGUUGGUUAUGAUCAGUGAAGUUAGGGACAUCUCUUGGUUGGUUGUGGGUUUGGUUCAAGUAAUAGUUUGACCUCUAGUUGCUUUUUCAUUUUAUUCUUCUGAUUAUUUGUUAGCAGGCAAAAACAUGAGCACAAUAUUAUUUUCCAAGCAUAUGUGCAAUUAUGUAUAAUAAACAACAUAAAUCCUAAUUUGUACCAUACAUACUAUCACAUAUAUGUUUUUGUUCUUAUCCCAGAUAAAACAUUGAAUUCAAUCUUGCAGCCAUGAAUGAAUGCAAAACAAAUUUAUGAAAAUAAUUACUUCAAUUUUUAAUUUUUUGUGUGUGGCAGAGAAAAGUUUCUUUUAAAGAAUAACUAGUCAUGCAUCAUAAAAAACAAAAAAGAAAUCAUUCACUUCCCCCAAGUUAAGCAGUUUUGCUAAGCCUGCCAGCUGUUUUCAAGAUACUGGAACGAUACUCAGCUGUUUGUUCUGUGUGCAUAUUGCUUCCAGUGCUUGGGAAUUUAACCUCGUUGAUCAAUACAUUUGAUGACUGAAGGAAAGGGUGUAGGUGGACACUGUAGGGGGGGAUAGCAAGCAUAACCUUCAUCUAUGCCAGUAUUAUGAGCAACAGAGAACUGUGAGCUUGAGGGAUAAUUUUUGUUUUGUUCUUCACAACAUAACUAUUGUAGAUAUAACUCUAUUUAUCUGUUGUACAGACUUGGUUAAAAGAUUUAUUUUUAAUGUUUGAAAUAAUGCACUUGUUUACUAUUACUGUAUGUGGGAUAAAUAUAUUUUCUUUUCAGGUUAUGUAAAAAUAUGAAGUAAUUUAAACAUUAAAUAAAUGUGCUGUGGAUGCUUAUUUUUGUAAUGGGAGCAGCAUCAUUUAAGUAAAAACUCUCUACUGCUUGUCU